GGCGGCGGCCACGGCACAGACACACACCCUCCCACUCGCGCGCAUACGGGCAGAGCCGGCGGGCGGGCGGCGGAGGCAUCCUCAGAGCCCGGCGCCCAGCUGGGAGGGGACGUGCGGCCGGGGACCGGCCCCGAGGCGCAGCAUGGAGGAGGAAAUGCAGCCGGCGGAGGAGGGGCCCAGCGUCCCCAAAAUCUACAAGCAGCGCAGCCCCUACAGCGUCCUCAAGACGUUCCCCGGCAAGAGACCGGCGCUGGCCAAGCGCUACGAGAGACCCACCCUGGUGGAGCUGCCGCACGUCCGGCCGCCCCCGCCGCCCUUCGCGCCGCACGCCGCGGUCUCCAUCAGCAGCAGCGAGCCGCCGCCGCCGCCGCCGCAGCAGUUCCAGGCGCAGAGCACCUACCCUUCCGGGCCCGGCCGGGCGGCCGCCACCGCCUCAUCGUCGUCUCCGUCCGCCGCGUCCCAGGGCCACCUGAGGACUUCCGCGCCGCCGCCCGCGGCCCCCGCCGCCUCCUCGUCCUCGUCUUUCGCCGCCGUCGUCAGGUACGGCUCGGGCCCGGCGGCCGCCGCGGGCAGCAGCAGCAGCGCGGGCAGUGACGGCGCCAGCCUGGAGCUCAGCGCAGAGAGUCGUAUGAUCUUGGAUGCCUUUGCCCAGCAGUGCAGUCGAGUUCUUAGCCUCUUAAAUUGCGGAGGAAAACUUCUGGACUCCAACCAUUCUCAGUCCAUGAUUUCUUAUGUAAAGCAGGAAGGCUCGAGUUACACCGAAAGACAGGAGCAGUGUCACAUUGGGAAAGGGGUCCACAGCCAGACCUCAGACAAUGUAGACGUAGAGAUGCAAUAUAUGCAAAGGAAACAACAGACUUCUGCCUUUUUGAGAGUUUUCACUGACUCCCUACAAAACUACCUGCUCUCGGGGAGCUUUCCAACGCCGAACACCUCCUCAGUCAGUGAGUAUGGCCACCUGGCCGACAUGGAUCCUCUGUCAACCUCCCCCGUGCAUACCCUAGGUGGCUGGACCUCCCCGGCAACGUCCGAAUCCCACGGUCACCCGUCCUCUUCCACGCUGCCGGAGGAGGAAGAAGAGGAGGAGGACGAAGGCUACUGUCCUAGGUGCCAAGAGCUGGAGCAGGAGGUUAUUUCACUGCAGCAAGAAAAUGAAGAGCUCAGAAGGAAAUUAGAGAACAUCCCAGUGCCCUGCCAGACUGUUUUAGAUUACUUGAAGACAGUGCUGCAGCAUCACAACCAACUCAUGACCCCACAGCCAGCUGACCAGCCAACCGAGAAUUCAUUAGGAUGCACUGUACCUCCAACCCCGACUGGUGGAUGCCCUCAGAGGAACAAAUCAACAAAGUGUUCAGUGAUGCCGUGGGCCACGCCCGGCAGGGGCGAGCGGUGGGAACUUUCCUGCACAAUGGCGGCUCAUUUUAUGAAGGGAUCGAUCACCAGGCUUCCCAGGAUGAAGUCUUCAGUAAGAAUUCCCAGGAUGGGUCUGGGGAGUAGUGGACAGAAUCUUUCCACUGUAGCAGCCGGUCCUCUCAAGAGUUCCAAUUGUGAAUGUCCUGUUACCAUUACUUUAGAGUCCAAAGCAUGUCAUUCUGUCAGACUUCACACAUCGUAAACCAUAACCUAUUGCCACAGUUCCCGAAUAGAAAUCCAUUUCAGGGCUGUUUGGGGCAUCUGUGAAGCCUACAACAGAUUUUCAGAAUAUUAUAAAAAGAAAAAGCUACGAUUGACUUUAAAUGAUGACUAGCUAGACAGUGAGGGUGAAAAGAAUAUAUAGGUGAGCUGGUCACCUGUCUGAAAUCUUCAAGUAAGCUAGUCUGCUUCCUGAACAGAGCUGGUCCCCACAGAAGAUGGGGUUAGUGUCCUGGCCAUGGCAAAGGUGGAGACACGGAAUUAUUUAAAGGGACAAGGAACAAGCGUUCUCUUAAUUCAAAUAAGUUGUCUUUAUGUUUUCCAAAGACUUGAAUUCAUACUUCUCAGCAAAGACAUAGGAUAGGUGACAUCAUACAAGUAUGCUGUGUAUCCGUUGACAGAGCCUGUUAUUAAAUAGAAACUAGGGAAUAGAGGCCAGCUCUAGACAGUAAUUAAUUAGAAGUCACCUGUUUUUCUCAGUUAUUUUUUACCAAAAAAAAACACAAAACUCCUACCUUGUUGAUCAGGAAGGCGCACUGUGUGAUCUGUGGAGUUUACAAACAGUAAUAGUUUUCCUUAUGUCAGUCAAGAAACAUCCAAAGAUCCAAAACCAUUUUCAAAUGCUUGAUUUUCUAGAUUCUUAAAUCCACAAUUCCCACAACCUUCAAUCAGACUUUGUUGACACGGUGCCAAAGUGAUGGGUUGAUCAAUGAGAAUUUCAGUUAGGUUUUUGGUGCACUGAAGACCAAACAAGCCGUAUGACUGAUGGUAUUCAUUGAAUUGGCCAGAUGUUCUGAAGUGUGUACACAUAGCUUCAAGGCCAUUUUGACAACUAUGCAAUGGGCUUGUCUGUUUCUCUGAAAUUUCUCUGAAAUUUGAGGGCCUUCCCGUGCUGAGUUGAUCUUUAGAAUUUGCAUAAACCGUAUGUUUCUCAUUGUCACUGAUGAAAAUGUUUCAUCCCAGCUGCUGUAUCCCUCCUUCCCCCUACGUUCCCCUGAACUGCAAGCUCUGGCUAAGUUCACACUGGACCACUCCUACCCACUUUCCCCGCUUUAAUGUGAGUUCCGUAGGUGAAAUUAGUAGUGUCUUUGGAAACAGUUCUUAUCAACAAAUGCGGUAGCGAUGCUAGAAUCUACUUCUGAGGGCUUCGGGUUUGGAUGUCAGGAGAAGUGUCAUUGAUGAGACCAGUCCAGAUUACUACAUUCUUUGGAAGCAAAGGGCUCCAGGGGAAGCAUUUAUUGAAGGCUGUAAUGUCAUCUGUAGACGUGACUAAGGAUUUUGGAAAUUGGUUGGAAAUUCAUUUAAAGUUUAUGAGCAUCCAUUUAUAAGGAGGGUUUUUUCUGCCUUUUUUAAUUACCCUUUACAUUCAAUAAUUAGCACCAAUUAUAUGUACACCCCUAGAAAUAGGUCCUUCUUUAGUUUUUGUAAUGAUUAUUAGUUUCAACCAUUGAAAAAUUUAAUGUUUAUAGAGAUGGUCAUUUGUUGGAUCUGUUCAUUGGUGUGGGGAGAACAAAUAUUUCAGUCCUGUUUUGGGCAAGUUAGCUAAAAUUUGGAGGUAAAAGAAUUAAAGGCAAAUGUUGUUUACAGGAUAUUGGUUACAGGUAUGUGAUGUUGCGUAUGAGAACUGGGCAACUAAUCUUUGGCUAGCCGAGGAAGAGGAAAGCUACUUCUUGAAAAGUUUAGAGGUCUAGGAAGUCAAUAUCUAACAAGGUUCUUGGUGACGUUAAAUCUUGGCCAGAAGAAAAAUACCAUAAUCUCAUCUAUCAUCUUUUUUUUUUUUUUGCAUUGGACUUCAGUGAUCCUUACUGCUGACUGAGCACGUGUCCUUUUUUGAUCAAUAGCAGCAGUAGUUGAUCACUGCUUUAAAAAGCAAACACUUGCAACUCAAAACAUUUUCCUGGAAGCUUGAGAAUAGCACACGUCUUCACAUGUAAGCAUCACAGGGGUCUGUUUCGUCUGUGUUGUGCCCAGGCCACGUGGUUGCAUACUAACGUUGCUCCAAAGGCACACCUGGUCGCCUCUCACUUUCCCCUCCCCACCCCCCACUUUCUGGGUGAAGUAUUUCUCUAUCAGCUGUUUUUCAGUAUUUCACAAAUUGCAAAAUGCUGGAACUACUACACAUUGGCCCGUAAACAUGAGUGACUUAGCGUCACACAGCCAGUUCCAAUGCCUCUGCUGGAUCUAGGACGUACGACCCCCUGCCCCCGGUGCGAUGUUCCGUGAACUCUUCACUGUGCAGCCGUGUUCCUUUAGCCUAGCCCACCGCCUGCUGCAGGCGCUAACAGCACACGGCUCUGCUCAGGAUCGCUUAGGUUUUCUGCUGUCUGCUCCCCGCGGUUCGUGUCCCACGCCGCCAUAGGGGCUUCACCUGUAAGGCUGGGUGUUACCUGGUUCGUGGUGGGUGCCUGCACAGUCACCUGAGUUUUCAAAUCAGGGAUUACGAAGAUUGUUCACUGACUUUUUUUUCUUUUUCUUUUUUUUGUAAAACUACGUAGUAUGGCCUUUGUGUAGCAAGGUUAAAAGCUCACAACUAAGGAGAUUGGAUGUUGUCACUCCUCUGUCAGCCUUUCAGUUGAUCUCUUUGGAGACCUGAAGAGGUAGCUUGUUUUCUUGAUUUAAGUUUCUCCAUCUUUUUCUGGAAUUGGACAAAUUGCUGUCAUGACAAGAAACUUAGACUCAUGUCAGCUCUUAGAAUCUUCCUUUAGUCAUUUGAGCAUUAGUGUAAAGUAGAUUGAAUUAAAACAGCUCAGGAUGCAGUUGUGCUCCACUUCAUUGGUGAAAGGAGGAGGUCGCAGGACUGGCCUGACACCAAAGACUAAACCUGACAUUUUGUCAGUGAGUGGGUGUGGCCAGCAUCCCGGCUCCCAGAAGAGCCCAUGCCUGCAGCAUGAGAUGCCUGACGGGUCCCAAAUUAGCAUCUCACCACCGAGAGCAUACCUGCUUUCCCAGUAAACUGAAGCUCCACCCACGUCCCACGGGGCUUAGGCUAACCCUUCAGUGAUCUGUACUGGAGGACAUAGCCCGGGAACUUAUGGAGGGGAGCCCUGUCCUGCGAGUGGUUACUGAAAUCACAUUCAGAAUCUAUGGUUAACCUCAGUGUCAAGUACUUUGGGGCAAAAACUAAACAUUAAAGUUUGUACCAUCCCGUUUUACUUGAAACUAUUUCAUCCAGCCCUGAACCCAGGCGUUACUCUCGUUCCUCAUUUUCAUCAUAGCGUUAGGUUCUUGUCACCGUUUGUGUUUCAUAAGGCUUCACGAGGAAUGUAGAGGAUAUUAGAGCAUCUGCAGAAAAUUGCUACCAUCUCUUUGGUAGGGGAAUUGAGAGGUGUGUGUAGCUACUUCACAGCGAUUGAGCUGGUGGGUGAUUUUAUAUUCUGGAUCUUUCUUAGCCCUUCAUUAGUCAUAAACACAUUGACCUAAGAGACUGCUCCAUUAGGAUUAUAGGGAGAUAAAGUUUAUUAUACUCUGUUAUUUGAUCCAGCUACUCCAUGUGUCAGAGAAUGGUUUUUUCAGUUCACUGAUUAUUCUUAUAAUAUCAGAUGUUUUUCCAAGUCUAGACAGUGAUCCAGACUUGGGGAUCUACAGCAUCAUGAUGUCUACAUUUUCCUGCCACCUUCAGUGGCUUUUCCUCCCUUCUGUUGUUGUCAGAAAGACAGAUGGACCAUCAUAGAAGGUUAAACAUGCACUGUUUUUAGAAAACCAAACAUGACGUUGCCCUCAUCUGGAGUCUGUCAUUCAUUCUGUACUCUAGAACCUUAACCUAAUACCCACUGACUACCUCCUUAGUUUUUUCUUAGAUUUCAGUUAUUUUUUAAAAUCGCUCUUAGAUAACUUCAUUUUUUAGAAAAGAUUUAAAUCUAUAACGUCUCUCAUUCGGUGCUAUGUCAUUUCACAGUACAGAUCUGUGUAAUUUUUGACAGCUCUUACAUACAAAUUUUUAGAAAUGUAACAGAAAACGAUUUUGCACAUAUGGUGCAAGUCUUGCUGAUGUGUGUGGCGACACUUACCAAAACUGCUUGGCAAAACAUGUCAAACAGAAUGCUUGAGUCAGAACUCUAACAUAAAUGUGUCUAAACAGCAGUAUGUCUCAUUAUGAUAUAUUUUUGUAAACAUAGUGAUGGCUUCUUUCACUGGUGUAAGUACUGGAUUAAAAAUAACCACUUCACUUGGAAUGAUACAGGAAGAUGUCACCCAGUUGAUGGCCCUCUGUAAAGUUACUUGCAUUUCCAGCCAAUGGCAUUGCUUCUUCUGUUUCUGUUGCUUUUUAGACGAGAGUGAAGAAUUGAUACCAGACUACAUGGAGUGCAAGAAUAAUAACCCAGUAAUAUUUGCCUCCUAAUAUGUAAAACUCAAAACUGGAACUGAUACAUUUACACAUUGGAGACGACUUUACCCUCCACAGUAUAUUCAAUUGCAAGAAACAUUGAGAGGACUGUACUUUGCUCAUCUAAUGACCAGCUUAGCUUGGCUAUUGAAAGCACUAAAUUACCAAAUUUUGUGGUAAAAUUGACCAGAUUAAUUUUCUUCAUGACCAUCUAGAGCUGACUAGGGUUUCAUUGAAUCAAAAUUCCCCAGGUUGUAAUAAAAGUACAUCUGUUAAUGAGACUCAUUCAAAAACCACUUCACUCUCACCAAUACCAGUAGGCACAUGGGCCUUAGCCAUGUUGGAAAACUAGGCCCAUCCAAAGCCACUAACAGCAACAAGAGUAGUAACUAUAGCUAAUACUCACUGAGUUCUUGUCUGCCAGGUACUUUGCUAAGCACUUUACAACCACCUUCUGAGGCUGUUACUGUUGUUAUCCCCGUUUUCUAGAUAAGACUGCUGCCCAAGGUCCUCAGCUAAUGAAAGGGUCAGUUAGGGCUCAGCAGGCAGAAUGACUAAUUGAGUUUUCCCCAGUAGUCAAAGCAAAGUUCUCAGAGCCCGUCAACACUUUGGAAUGGAUUUGUUUUCUUUAUGCCUUUGAGAGAAAGUUGCUAUUUGUAUUAUUAAAAACCACCUUUAAAGUAUGUUGACACUUAAGUAGGAGCAUAUAAGUCACAUAUCCUCUGGGAACUGCCAAGGUUUCUGCAUAAGAUUUGACUUAUGUAAGAUCCUGUGAUGAAGAGUAGAAAAAAAUCUUAAAAACAGUGAAUAUAUUAAAAUCACGUAUUCAGAUUUUUUUCCCGGUACAAACAUGCAGGGAUAUAAAAGCAAAAAUUAGAACUGAGUGAAUUGAUAUAUUUUUGGAACUCCUAGAUAUUAGAAGUGGCACUGGACAUCAGUUAGCCAAUGUUCCAUUCACUUUUCACAUUUGUUGUACUUGUAGCCUUAGAAUUGAUGAGUCAGGUGUGGAAGAGAGGGUUUUACUUUAUGAUGUCACUGUGAGAACUGUUGUGAAGAUUUUGUAGGAAAAUACAGUAAUCUGUUGAUUCUUCCCUGUAGUGGCUUUAACACCUCUGGCUGUGUUUAAGUUCAAGAGCAUGCCAAGUCCUUGAGGGCCUAGCUUGUGCUUCUUGGGAACAGGGCAUGCCAGACCUAGAGAUGGGUCCUGAAACUUUCAAGGUCACUGGUCCAGCCUGACCCUGCCCAAUUUAAGCAUUGCCUUUAUGUCUCUUCUCUCUGGAACUUCAUGUAGCAGCCUAACACUGGGGCCAACUUGCCUUUACUCUAUUUUCUAUGAUGAACACUUGUGGAGAAACUGUGACAAAUCCAUUGAUCCUAAUAUUUUUAUUGUUGGAGUCUUGUUGAUUCUCUAUGAAUAAUUUCUAUUUGAUUGUACUGUGUAGAGUUAAUACCCACUAGGGAUAUGUUAAUAAAACUAUAAAUGCAUAGUGUAAUAUAGAAUAGCAAGAUUUUUUUGUGAACAAUUUAUAUAGAAGAGUAAGUUGUUUUUUAAGUGUUAGGCACAUUUCUUUUAGGAACUUAAAAUGUUAUAAGAGUUUUUUAAACAUUCAAUAUUUUUAAUUAUAAGAAACAUUUGUUACUA